CCUGCAGUCACAUUGAUUCGAGCUAGUGUGCUGAAGCAUGCAGGUGCUCUUUGUUCCAUAUUCUUAUCUAUGGGUGAUUCCCCUACUCAUGUAGCCUUUGAUAUGUUAGGCUCUACUUCAUGAGCAAGCGAGCUCGCCACUCUCUUCACUCUCUGACUUUCUCGCUCUUGGGAUUUCACUGCAGUGUGAUCUUGUGAACUAUUUGCUUACCAGCUGCAAUUCGCAAGCUUAGUACACUUGCGCCCAAAAGUAUCGCUUCCUACCUGCAAUUUUCCAGCGCCGGCUACCAUUUCCUGACAUCAAAGGUCACGGCAGUAUUGUUGAGGUCACAAUUGUAGCUCACCGCAUUCGCGCACUCUACUUUGCCCUUGGCCUCGAGCUUUCUCUCGAAAUCACAACCAUGUCCAACGCCUCAUCCACGUCCGGCACAGCGUAUGCCAACCUCGACUGGACGCAAUACAUACGCUAUAGGCCCAGUUACCCACCUUCCCUACGCGAGCUCAUCUAUAGGUAUCACACUCGCAAUGUUCCCGGCAAGACUACCGCUCCAGAUGCCAGCACCCACUGGGACUCGCUACUCGACAUUGGAGGUGGCAUCGGCAUAUCUUCUGUGCCAUUCAUACGCGACUUUCGCACUAUGCAUCUACUCGACCCGAGCCCGCUAAACCACGAGAAAGCGCGAGUCUUCCUGGCUGAGCACGUGUCGGUCAAUAAUUUGCAAACGAAGCUAGAGUUCACAGUCGCCAAGGCCGAAGAGUACGCCAACAAGCCGGCUGUCACUGCUGAGAGUGGCGUGUCGCUAGCUAUAUGCGCUUCCACUGCGCAUUUCAUCGAUCCGGACAUGCUUGUAAAAGCAAUGUACAGAUUGAUGCGCCCCGGUGGAACGAUGGCGAUCUACAGUUACUGGCUACCAGUGUUUCCGGACCUUGACCCAGGACUCAGCGUGGUGUACACAAAGACGGUUACGAGAGCCAUGAGAUUAUGUAUUCGAGACGAGGCUACGCGGAAUGUGUUUGCCGAUGCGGUUGCUCGGCUCUGUACUGGUACUACAGUCAUGGACGCAAUCGCUGUCCCUGAUGAUUUGUUUGAGGGUAUACAGCGCAUCCAGAUCAACCCCCAGACGGCGUUAUCCCUAGAUACCUUUCGCGAGGACCCGGCUGUGCCGUUUACACCCCUAGAUUCGCAGGUCCGUGAGCACGACGGUAAAUACACGUACGUUAGCGGGACGGAUCCCGAGGCGGAAGGAUGGACCAUGUCCGUGGAUCUGGACUUUUUACACGGCAUGAUCCGGACGAUUCUGCCGGCGGAUAUCCAGCUAAGCAAAGAGCAGCACGAGGAGUUGUAUGGUGACCUCGACCGAGCUUUUGUUGAACGGUGCUUGUCGGGAUAUACUCUAGCGAUGUGGGGGCUCGAUAUGAUUCUAGCCACGAGGCGAGGAUGAAAUGGGGGGGACUCCUGAGCUAUGGACAAGACUAGAAGUACGCCGAGCAAAAUGUUUGGGGUUUGUGUACUUCCCGAAGACUUUGUCGUGCAAGUCUCGUUUCUACAUCGGUGCAAGCCCGAGCGAAGUCUCGAUCUACACUCCUAAGCUUGGCGCUGCUGGAGAAAUCUGGGACAGCCAAAAGUCCCAGGUCCAAUUUUGUGAGUUCAUGGUCGUCAGUUCUCUCACAUAAACACGAACACCGACGACGUUGUGUAAGGUUCAGCUUCCAGAUAUCUAUAGGAGCCUAAGUUGUGCCACGCUUCAGUAUGGACACUUCCAGCUGCGUCUUUUAUUACAUCCGGCCUUGAUGUUCAUAUGAAGGCCAACCCCAACGCUCUCAGCGUA